AGCGGCUGCGUCCCGGGCAAGUUGCGUGGCCGCGCGGCGGGGCCACCUGGCCCGGACUCUCCUCAGCGACGAGGACAGUAUUUUUACCUUUGGACGCUCGCUUUUCCUGUCUUACUCUCUUUCAGGAUGGGAUGGGAACAUAGCGAGGGAACCAAACCAGAGGUUUUUACAAAUUCUUGAAAAGUCAGACCGUUCGGAUGCCGGGGGCUGAGCGUUUGGAGGUGGCUUCUGAAGUUUGCUUGUCUUUUGACUCUGAACGACCUUUAUCCUUGGACGGUGUCUUGCACCUGUAACUGAGUGAUGGGAAGGGUAGCCCGAUUCGCCAGCCAGCAGUACCAGUGUUCACAGCCGGGCAAGGACUUUGUUGGUGAGGGUGCUCGGCGCCCAGACCACUGCCAUUGUUUCUGGAAGACCCUUCACAUGGCUGUUUAAAGAUGCAUUUGAGACAGUUAUAAGGAAAAACUGAAAAUGCCUGGACAAUUCCUGGUUUUUCCCACCACUCUUCCGGCCUUUCCCCCUCCCUGCCAGAUCCAGAUGAUAUGAUACUUGGCAGGACACCUUAAUCACAGUGGUUCCUUGGCUGGACACAUCUGCACAAGACUGUUUCUGUUACUCAAGAUGGCCAGUCAGCUGCCUGAAGACCCCACGGAGGCUCAGGUCUCUGAUGAGCUGGAGUGCAAGAUCUGUUACAAUCGGUACAACCUGAAGCAGAGGAAACCCAAAGUGCUAGAGUGUUGUCAUAGGGUCUGUGCCAAAUGCCUGUACAAGAUCAUCGACUUUGGGGACUCCCCACAGGGUGUCAUUGUCUGCCCUUUCUGUCGGUUUGAGACCUGCCUGCCAGACGAUGAAGUUAGUAGCCUGCCCGAUGACAACAACAUCCUGGUAAACUUGACUUGUGGAGGCAAAGGGAAGAAGUGCCUGCCGGAGAAUCCCACCGAGCUGCUGCUGACACCCAAGAGGCUGGCCUCCCUCGUCAGCCCUUCCCACACAUCCUCCAACUGCCUGGUCAUAACCAUCAUGGAGGUGCAGCGAGAGAGCUCCACGUCUCUGAGCUCGACUCCUGUGGUCGAGUUUUACAGGCCUGCAAGUUUCGACUCCGUCACCACCGUGCCCCACAGCUGGACUGUGUGGAACUGCACUUCCCUGCUGUUUCAGACCUCCAUCCGGGUGUUAGUGUGGCUGCUGGGGUUGUUGUAUUUCAGCUCCUUACCCUUGGGAAUCUACUUACUAGUGUCUAAGAAGGUCACCCUCGGGGUUGUCUUUGUCAGCCUUGUCCCUUCGAGCCUUGUCAUCCUCAUGGUGUAUGGCUUUUGCCAAUGCGUUUGUCACGAAUUUCUGGACUGUAUGGCACUUCCUUCUUAAUUGUUGUGCAAAAUAUGGAAUUUGACACAUAUUGCCAUGUUUGAAGUUCGAUAACUGAUAAUUUAUAUAAUUUACUUUCUUUUGUCUUCUUUAUGAUUAGCAUCCAUGGCAUCAACAAAGGCCUUGGCCAUAUGUUUUUGGUCUGUUUUCUAGUCAGGUGUUGAAUUGCUGGGUGAAAGUGUUUUGUGCUUAGGAGUUAGUAAAGAAGCAAAGCUGUGUGAGCUCAGUUCUUACCGGGCUGUGACAGCGUGAAAUUUCUUUGAGCAGGGGCAGCAUGUCUCACUGCCCCUCCAGACGGCCUGAGAGUGAGGUGCGUCGUGCUGGAGGAGAGGUCUUUGCAUAGAUUAAGAUCGAGCUGAUUCCUCCUUUCACAGUCACGGGGAGUCUACAUUGUGGGUGGACACUGGAGGGAAAGUUGCUCCACGACCUGAGUUUGCAGUCUGUGCCCUCAUACUCCGGGUGUUGGAACCCCAAUCUUCUUCAGGUGCUUUCUCUCUGAAGGUAAUGUUGCUCUGAGGUUGCUGCUUCACGGAGACGUCUGUCCCCUCUGUGCAUUCUCCCCUGCCAAGAGGACACUAGGCCAGUUCCCUUGGGUCGUCUCAUUGAAUGCCUGUUUUGUCACAUUACUAAGGAGAACAGGAAACAUUGAUCCGUUUGCAUCAAAAUAGGCUUCUUGGCAGAAUAAGUCCAUUUGUCUUCCCUCCAUGUUUAUUUCCCUCUCUCCUCGGACUUCUUUGAGAAGAAAUGAAGAGAAUGAACUUCUUGUAGAACAGUUAUUGUUCAUGGGAACUCCCAUUUGAAUCUUUCCAUAAAACAUCUUAGUUUUGCUUUAUUUUUAACUGCCUUGCUCAUUCAGCCCCACCCCUUGUCCCAACCAAGGUUCCAUUUAAAUUAGCUGCUGUAAAUUCCUAGUUUAAAAUAUUUUAUUAGGGUUUAUUUAACUUAAUCCUAUAACAGUUGGGAGUAAAUUGUGACAGUGAAAACCCAGAAACAGUUAGCAAGAUGCUGUAGUUCAUGGGUUGAAGUUCUGAGAACCUAAGUUUUUUGUUGUGUUAUGUUGAGUUAUGUGCAAAACUGUGCUAUAGAAGAGAGACGUCCAGGCCAUGGCCAGGGACAUGUGAAACUGACACCGUUUGCUGGAAAAGGCCAUUCAAGGGCAAAAAGUAGAGGUGGCAGAGUACAGCUUAAGCAUGUUAUUACCCUUGCUGUAGUUAAGUCAGUGUGGGAAUACAUUGAAGCUCUUAAAUUUAUUUCAAAUAAAAGCAUAAGCGAUGUGACUUGAACUCAUGGACUUCUUUUUGGGAUGUAGGGGAAGAUGAAUGUAUAUAUUUAUGAGAGGAAAUUGUCUAGCAGAUUUUAAGUUUGGAAGAAUAGAAUGUUCACAGAAACUAGGGGAGAAAAGCUUUUUAGUUUCUAAACAGCAUUACUAAUGAUGUUAACAUUAAAAUAUUUGUAGCUCUUAGAAAAGGGCAUCACUAAAGGUACUUUCACUUGUUUGUGAUAAAGUAUUUGUUGGGAAAAAUAGUUAUAGUGGGUUACUUCUCAUCUCCUUAUGGAGGAGAAAUUGGUAUUUAUCUUGAAUAGCCAUUUGAUUUUAUUUGUAUAACAAUUAUUAACUUUGAGAACAUGUAUGCCCAUGGUAAGUUACGAGGAUAAAGUUUAUGUAGGAUAUGGUCUAAUGAAUUUAAGCCCCAAGAUGUAGCUAACUAUGUUUAUGAGUCCAUAAAAUCUAGUUUUGGUAGCAUUGUGAAUGCAUUUUCCAGAAAUCCAUUUUUAUUUUGAGUAAAUCCAAUGUUUAGGAAAUGUUUGUGUUUUGGAUAUAUGUAUAUGUUUUUUUUUUUAAGGCCUCAUUUUCUCUGAAAUGUAACAUUGGUGAGCUACAUGAUGGGAUUUCCAGAAAGCUCUGGACAUGGGUACUAUGUGCUUUACUUAUUUGUAUAAAGUCUGUAGUGCUGAUUGUGUGUAUCUAUGUAUCACGGUCUUUUUAUUUAGUUUCUAGUGAGUUGGCUUGGUUUUAAAGAGUUUUAAGCAUAUGACAACAAUAACAAGAAAAUCUGUCUUUAUGCUAUUGAAUGAAAGAGCAAUGCUUUAAUAUUUUAUUCACUGUGACAAUGUUCUGUUUGUCUAUUAAAUUUGUCUAGAAGUUUGCCUUCAUUUGUGGCUGAGAUUCAGUUACUACUCUGGAUCCCAGGUUAACUUUAGAUAACUGUAAACAUGAACUUCAAGAAACAUUGAUUAAGUUAAUAAUGCUUUUAUCGCACACAUAAAGAUUUCAGAACCUUGUGAAAAGCUAACCUGACCUGUGGCAUUUCCAGAAGGGCUUCAUCUUUUUUUAACAGUGGGGGACAAACAUUAGGGAAGGUGAAAUAAAAAUAUUGUCUUUAUAAAUACAUUUGUUUUCCACUUUAAUUUAUUUGAUUUGAUUUCCAGAUUUUGCCUAGCUGCUCAACAUAAUAGAAUCCCAUUUAUUUGGAGAAUACCUUAGUUUAUGUGGUCUGGGAAAAUUUGUAAAAGUUACUUGGCAUUUUGUUAGGAAAAGUAGAAACAACUUGAGAAUAUGUAGCUGUUCUAUGCUUCUCAUAAUGAGUGAAUUAACACUACAUAUUAAUCAAUACUGAAUUUAUUCACUUCUGAAAUCUUUACCUAAGACACUUAGAAGAAGGUUCAAGACAGCAGGUGGCUGUGCCCUCAUAACUUCUGUGUGAGCUGGACUUAACCACGGAGAGGCCAGAAAGUGAUGAGCACUUGCUGGGUUGUAAGGAGGGAGAUAUGGGACUUCGGAGGCACCUAAAAGAGAUUUUUCAGUAUCUUACCUAGGGAGACCUGAAGCCUUGGGAACCGUGGUAUUCACAGGCAAGCUAGGGGUAUGCACUGGGCACAGGGAAGGGAACCCAGUGAGCCUGGAAGAGGGGAGUGGCGGUGCACCUGUUCUGCUCUGUGUGGGUCCACAGUUUUGAAGCCUUGCUCCUUUUACACACUCUUCUUGGUAAAUAAAUACCCCAAUUCUUUUGAAGCACCAUGGAAAUACCACAUAUCAUUCUAGAACUUUCCUUGAAACCAAUGACAGAGUUGGUUACAGGUAGGAUCCCUAAAAGAGUUUAACCAUUUGCUCUUGCAGCUUGAGUUUCUGUACUUUCCACAUCUUUCCCAUUUGUUAGAUGUAUACUAUUGCUUUUCAGUGCCCUGCGUGAACUUUCAUUCCUGUAGGUGUACUCUUGGGUCUUUCCUCAUAAGUUUUCUUUAGUGCAAAAGAUUUGUUUAAAAAUGUGGAUAACUUAAUGUUGAAAUUUAAGUAAAUUCCAUGUGAGUCCCAGAAGUGACACUAUU